UUGCCUACUGCCAUCAAUGCGGCCGGUGUCUCCCAAGCGCAGCUCGACAACUAUGCUAUCCAUCUUCGCUUGGAGGAGAUAAACCGAAAACUAAGACUUAAUGACUACGUUCCUCCGGAGCGCGAGCGAUCUCCCUCUCCUCCUCCCACUUAUGACGCCCAUGGUCGUCGUACCAACACUCGCGAAGUCCGUUACCGCAAAAAAUUGGAGGAUGAGCGGAUUCGUCUCGUAGAUCGCGCUAUGAAGAAUGACCCAAGCUUCCGCCCUCCCGUCGAAUACCACCAACAAAAGCGCUCCCAACGUCCUUCUGAAAAGGUUUACAUACCCGUCAAGGAGUUCCCUGAAAUCAACUUCUUCGGUCUUCUCGUCGGUCCUCGCGGUAACAGCUUGAAGAAAAUGGAGAGGGAGAGCGGGGCUAAGAUCAGUAUUCGGGGCAAGGGUAGUGUCAAGGAAGGCAAGACUCGUCCUGAUCAGUACGCGGAGGAUGCUGAAGAAGAUCUUCAUUGCCUUGUCCUCGCCGAUUCGGAGGAGAAGGUGGCAUCUUGCGUUAGGUUGAUCAAUAAGGUCAUAGAAACUGCCGCGUCCACCCCAGAAGGCCAGAACGAUCACAAGCGUAAUCAGCUCCGCGAACUUGCCGCCCUGAACGGCACCCUUCGUGACGACGAGAACCAGAUAUGCCAGAACUGUGGGGGCGUCGGCCAUCGCAAAUACGACUGCCCUGAACAACGGAACUUUACCGCUAACAUCAUAUGUCGUGUCUGUGGUAGCGCUGGACAUAUGGCUCGCGACUGC